GAAGAUACACAAGUUUCUCGCAGCUCAAGGAUAUCAUACCAGAUAAUCUGGCGGACAGGGUUGUUGCAGUGGUCAGUCCGCUCGAACGAAAGAUGUUCCACCUAGAUGACGACAAGCCUAUUCUUUACAGCAUAGUUACAUAUCUACUGGAUCUAUUCUUCCACACGCCGCCGGAGAUGUACCCUCUCAUGGACAAAGUAGCCAGCGUGACGGAGAUAUGGAAUCCGCGCACCACUGACCCUUUCCUACAACAAGCACACGACGACAUGGAGCGUGACUGGCAAUUCGACGGACUGACAAACAUGUGCCGCGCGUUUCGCCUCGCGCCCAAUCAGGGCAGAGAUGAUGGUGGGGGAAUUACAUUCGACCACCCGGCCCUCGCCCGUCUCGUAAUCAGUCCCCUCCUCCGCUACCUCACCACCGACAUCGACGACUUCUUCAAGAAAAUGGAAACAUCAUGCGUCGUGCUUGACAGCGACGAAUGCAAGCCCAACAUCGUGUUUGACCUCGCCCAGCACCCAACCCGAAAGCAAAAGCAAAAGCGAAAGUGGAAGCGGAAGCGGAAGCGGAAGUGAAGACACGAAGACUUACACGGAGCGCGGGCGUGUCCAAGCGCUCGUUGCCACCACCGCGGUUGCGGAAGAAGGAGGAGAGGGAGGAGGAGAAGGAGAACCGGGAAUUGCUUGGUUGUCGGGCGCG